CUGGGUCAAGUUUAAUAGGACUGUGGGAAGAAAAAAUACAAAAAGAUCAUGAUGAGUCAGUUCUCUGGGCCAAAUAGAGUCUCUGGCAUGCUUUUAAAAAGAGGAUUGGACUAUGUAUCAAGUCUGUGCACAAGCCAGAUUCCAAAAUCCACUGAGCCAAACUUCCAUGUUUUCAAAGCAUUCCCCAUCAGGGACACAGGAAACCAUUCACUUCAAUCAAAAGUAACUAACCAGAAGUGUGAACCCAGAAGCUACACCUCCACCAAGUUGUAUUAAAAUUAUUUGGCCUCCACCAAGAAGAGUUAACAGGUUGCACUGCAGGAUUCCAAACCUAGAGAAUUCACACCUUCAGUGGGAGGAUCUAAGGGGUGGGGCUACCUCCUAUAAAAAGAGAGCAUCCUCCUGCUCAGAAGCAUUGCCUUCAUUGCAAGGGAAGACUCUUCCUCUGGCUGCUGCAGACUACAGGCAAUUGGAGAGAGAGAAUGGCUGCUAUUGUGGAAAAUCUGAAGGAACUGCAGAGUGAGAUCACCUGUAGCAUCUGCAAGGCCUACUUCUGUGAGCCUGUCACCAUCGGAUGUGGGCACAACUUCUGCAAAGCUUGUCUCUCCUCCAGCUGGAGAAUUGGAGCCCCAGCUUUCUCCUGCCCUGAAUGCAGGCAAGUUUCCCAGGACAGGAAGAUCCCAUUAGUGAACAGGUGCCUAGCAGAGUUGACUGAGCUGGGCAAAGAGCUCAGCUCCAAGAUUUUGCAGAGCACUGAAGGACAGAGCCAGUGUGUCACUCACAAGAAACUCUUCAAACUAUUUUGUGAAGACGACCAGACAGCACUCUGUGUGACAUGUUGUGAAACCCCAGAGCAUGGAGCUCACAAGAUCUCCCCUAUGCAAGAGGCUGUUGACAAUUACAGGAGGGAGCUCGAGCACAUUCGGAGUCGUGUGGAGAAGCAUUUGGAGGAAGAUGAGCAACUUCUUGCUCAGGAGGAGAGAGCUGUAACUGAUUGGCAUUGGAUGAUGAGGGGAGAAUUCUCCAAACUGCACCACUUGCUGAUGGAGGAAGAAUUCCAACGACUUGAAAGAUUUCAGCAAGCGCAGAAGACCAGCCAGGACAGAUUAUCCCAGUAUUUGGAAACCCUUCAGGAGCUCAAGCUAGAGCUACAGAAAGAGGGCCACCAAGCCAAUCAGGAUCUACUACAGGAUGGCAAUCAGCUGCUGGAAAGAUGUGAGGCUGUGUUGUCCCGAAGGGCCAAGGCUAUCACCCCAGAACUGAGAGAAUAUCCCCUUCCUGGCCUGAUCGAGAUGCUCAACAGAUACAGAGUGGACCUCACCAUAGAUCUCAUAUCAGCUGAUUCCUCUGUGACUGUUUCUGAGGAUCUCAAGAGUGCCAAAGCUGGAGAAGGCUGGCAGGUGAAGACCAAGUUUCCUGAUGACUUUCCUCACCAUUAUGUCUUUGCUGAGCAGGCCUUCAGCUCAGGCAGCCAGUACUGGGAGGUAGAUGUGACUCAACUUCCUCAGUGGAUCCUGGGGAUCUACACCCCACAUGUGCACAGAAGGAGGGGAAGGAAUGUGAAUUCCGGUUCUCCUGUCUUCCUGCUUCGCUGUAUCAAGAAGGAAGAGGAUUACUACUUACAGACUUAUCCUGGAUUAUUAAACCAUCGAGUGAAAGGUCCAAUGCCCAGGAUUGGGGUGUUCCUGGUACAUGCCCCUGGCACUCUUUCCUUUUACAACAUUCUGCAGCACUCCCUCAUUUACAAGUUCUACCCUAUUCUCUUCAGAAAGCCUGUUAUUCCUGUCUUUUCCCCUGGCCCCCCACUGGCAGGAACAAAUCCAGGUCCCAUGAAUCUCUGCCUGGCAAACUCUCAUCUUUGUGCUUGUUGCCAUUCAUGUGUCUAAGCAUUUCUUCAGGGAGGAAUUUUCCACCCAUCUCAGGCUCCAGGGAUAUACAUCUUCCAUUUCCAGCCUCCCCUUGGAUGAGAAGAAGGAUCACCUACUCAGUGAUGAGGAACAGACAGACUCCAUGAUCAUCAACUGAAGACUGGUUUUCCACUCUCUAAGCUGACUUGAAUUUUUCUCGAUGUCCAUCCCCAUAGAAUUUCAGUACCCUCCUUUGUAAUCUAUUUGAUGUCAAAUGAAAUAAAUGUGAUCUUUUACUUAUAAUGA